AUGCGCAAUGUGGUAUCGACGUCAAGAGGUAUACCAUGGGACACCAACGCUCUGGAAGACUUGGACUACGCGGACGACAUCGUGUUAAUUUCGCCUACUCUUGCUUAUCUGGAAGCUAAACUUGAAAGUCUUCAGGAAGAGGCGGACAGAAUGGGCCUGCGAAUUAACAAACGCAAAACAGUCAGCAUGCGUGUGAAGUCAAGUUCAACGGAUCCGCUGACACUGGGGGGCGAGAGCCUAGACUCGGUGUCCAAGUUUGUGUACCUAGGGAGUGUGUUGACUGAGAAAGGUGGAGCGGACGACGACAUCGACAGCAGAAUAAAAAAGGCGAAGGCUGCGUUUGCUCAGUUAAAGGCCGUCUGGGAGUCAAAUGUGCUCACGCGUCGAAUCAAGCUUUCCCUCUUCGAAUCCAUAGUGAAAUCUGUGCUACUGUUUGGCUACGAAACGUGGAGAGAAAUAACUAACAAAACUACUCAAAGUGAUUUAAAUAAGUGUAGUGAAAUACCAAGAAACGUGUGUCGAAAAGUGCAGUGCUGUCAUUUGACAGAGAAAUACGUGAAAGUCAGCAAAAUAGUGGGUGGAUUCCAGCGUUGGAAUGUCACGCCUCCAAGGCGUUUUUCAUGGUGGAACGAGUACUACUGGGAUCUCGCAUUCAUGGCUAUCGCCCAUUUAGUCUUUGGCAUAAUGGCAGCAAUAAAAGGAAACUACAUAUUCACUAUACCUUUGGCAACUGUCGUACCAAUUUAUGAUUGCUACACGGCCCUUGUGAUUUACAGUUAUGACCAGUCAAAACCACCACUUCCAGACGAUGACAACUAA